AUGAUUCUAGCCAAAGACAAUGCUAAAGGGGGUCUCUUGGCUGAUGGACUUAGUGAGGCUCAUGGCGAUGAUAGUUUGGCUAGUCCCAACUUGGAUGACAAGAAGAAUGGCGUAGCCAGUGCUCUAGCCAUUAUGGAUGAUUUGGAGGCCAAUGCUAGUAGCCUUAUGAGCAGACUACUAGCUGACCAUGCCCUCAGAGAUGUGAGAAGACUCAAUGGAGAUUCUAUUCCGGGCUGCAUACCUAUCGAAAGGAAUGCUCUUCUUGGGUUCAAAGAAGGCCUCAAAGAUCCCACCAACAGACUAUCUUCGUGGGUCGAUGAUGACUACUGCACAUGGGAAGGCGUGGCUUGUGACAACCGUACCGGCCAUGUUGCCAAGCUAGACCUUCGAAACCCACACCCGUUCUCAUACACCGGCGAUCCUCCUUACGACAAGUGGUCCCUGGGAGGCAAAAUUCUGACUGAACUUGGGGAUUUGUGUAAGCUGCAACAUUUGGAUUUGUCAAUUAUUAAUAUUAGCAAAAAAUUGCAUGAAUUUGAUGAAGUUUUUACUGGAUGCAUCAGAAACAGCUUAGAAACUCUAGACAUGAGAUAUACCCAGCUUAGCGGUUAUUUGCCAGAUUCGUUGGGGGACUUCAGAAUGCUCAAAUCUCUCUAUUUGAGCGACAACUCAAUUUCUGGUUCUCUUCCUGAAUCAAUUAGAAGACUGUCAGCACUUGAAGAAUUAGAUCUUUCUUUUAAUGAGCUGAAUGGGACUAUCCUAGAAAGUCUUGGAAGACUUAUGGAGCUAGUUUCAUUAGACCUCUACUCAAACAUUUUGGAGGGUGUCAUGUCUGAAGAACACUUUGCUAAUCUCACUAAAUUGAAUCAUCUAUCUUUGUCGGAAAAUCAAUUAAUUCUAAAUCUGGGGCCUGAUUGGAUCCCCCCUUUUCAGCUUCAAGCAUUAUAUAUUAGUUCUUGUAAGCUGGGACCACGAUUCCCAGCAUGGCUCCGGAUGCAAGAAAAUAUUACUGAUCUAGACAUGUCUAGCACAGGAAUUUCAGACACACUGCCAGAUUGGUUUUGGAGGUCAUUUUCUCAAAUACAUCGCUUGGAUAUCUCCAGCAAUGGAAUCACUGGCAGUGUACCUGAUCUAAUCGACUUCAUCAACCUUGAAUAUUUUAAUUUGAGUUCUAACUACUUGGAGGGUCUCUUGCCAAAUUUUAAUUGUUCUACUAUAGGUCUGCGAGUAGACCUAUCAAACAAUUCAUUUUCAAGAGUGAUUCAUCCCGACAUCGGCAAAAGGAUAUCCCAUUUGUCAUAUCUCUCUCUUUCCAAAAAUAAGUUAAGUGGUGAAAUUUCCUUGUCUUUUUGUCAGCUCAACUCUUUUCUUCUUGAUCUCUCAGAAAACCUCUUGUUUGGUGAGCUCCCUAAUUGUUGGAACCACUCUCUCAAUAUCAUUGUCAUGGAUUUUUCAAGCAACAAUUUAUUGGGAAGCAUUCCUCUGUCAAUCUGUUCAUUACCAAAUCUUGAGUCAUUGCAUUUGAGUAAUAAUAAUCUAUCAGGAGAACUCCCAUUAUCCUUGAAGAGUUGUAGGAGGUUAGUUACUCUUGAUCUUGGACAGAAUGGAUUCACUGAUGGAAUACCUAUCUGGAUAGGAGGAAGUUUGUUGUCUUUGAAGAUCCUUAGCUUGCGAUCAAACAAGCUUGUUGGAAAUAUUCCUCCUAAUCUAUCAAGACUAAGUGCUCUUCAAAUCUUGGCUCUUGCUAACAACAAUUUAUCAGGAAACAUUCCUUCAAGAUUUGGGAAAUUCAAUGCCAUGAAAGUGUUGCAAAAGACUUAUGAAACAAUUUUAGAUAACCACAAUGGAACAAGUGAGGACAACAUGCAAGUAACCAUAAAAGGAAUAGAAAUCGGGUAUUCCAUAUUGCUUCCACUUGUGGUUGCUAUGGACCUUUCAGACAAUAACUUGUCUGAAAUGAUACCAGAAGAACUUACUAGCCUUUUUGGACUCAUGAGCUUAAAUUUGUCUGAAAAUCAUUUGACAGGAGAGAUCACAGAAAAGAUCAGACUGGCGGAUUCCAAGACAAAAGUUUGGAGCUACCUCUCCGACCAUGACCUCAAGCUCUUGGAGUCGGACAACGAGGAGGAGGAAGUCACUGAGGUUCCUGAAGGGGAAGUGCAUGCGGAGGAGAUCAUUAGCUUGGUGUGUGGAGAUCAAGCGGCUGAGGAUGCAGCAUCGGCCCAUCCUUCGAUAGUGAUUGUCCUCUCUGAUCCUGAUGAUGUUGGAGUCUCUUAUGCCCAUGACGGGGCUUAA